AUGUACAUGAAUUAUUUUCCACCACCACCGAUAUUUCCUGCUCCGCCACCUUAUUCUUCGCGAAUAUGUUCAUCAAAAUCGUUCGUCAUCUCCCCAUGUUCUCUAUUCAAUGAUCAUAAUCAUUUAUCAUUAUAUAAUUUCAUCUCAUCGAUUCACACAGAUCAAUUAACCUCAUCUCCGAAUGGAUCAUCGUUCCCACCACCAACAAUAACAAGAACAGCAAUCACAACAAAAGUAACCAGAUCUUUACCUUCUUCUAAUAAAAGAAUGUUCACUAUUGAUAAUGUCACCAAUUUAAUACAAAAUCAUUUUCAUCUCCUCUUCCUUCUACUAAGUAUUUUAGUAUUUCUAAUACUUCUUCUUAUCUUAUUGAUUCAUUAUCAACGUUUUCGACAAAGACAUUUAACUUCAACGAAUAAAACUCAUCAAAUUUAUUAUCAUUUGAUCCCAAUUCGUCGAAAAGCUCGAACGUCAAUGAAUAUGAUUCAACAAACUCAGACACGUCCAAUGAGAGAAUCACCCAUGACACACAUUGUACGCCUAUCAAAGACAAGCGGAACUCAUACAAAAGCUGAAGAAGUUCUCUAA